UUUGCCUGACCUUGCAAUAUUGCGUGGAUGUUUUUUGUUUGGUUUUUUUUUUUUAAUUUUUCUGUUAAUGUGCAGAAUAGCUUGUUAGAAUAGAUUGUGAUUUACAGUGAGAUGGGAUAAUGCCUGUUCUGGAAGGUCCCGUGCACCCCUUAUGUGCUGGAGAAUGACUGCAGUUUUUAGUGGUUAUUUCAAAGAUGUUGCAAGUAUUUUCCUUAGCCUUUCUCUGUCUAAAAAAUAACAAUAACAAUUAAUCUCCUCAGGGCUUCUUCACAUCCUAAUUACAACCAAGCCUCUCAUUAGUCCCACAGGGAGACAGAAUCAAAUGCCAUAUGGUAUUUUACACUGAGGAUGCUGUGCUUACCAAGCGCUGGAAGGAGACAGGAAAAGGGGGAGUUAACAAUUCAUAACCAUUUAUGGAACAGGCACAGCCCUCCUUGGACCCAGUUCAGCAGAGUCGGAGGGCCUCAGAUCAGGAACUUUAUCUGGCUAGUAAUUGCAUCGGCAUGCUGGCUUUCUUGUGUGCGUGUGUGGGCAUUUGGUGAGCAGGAUACGAAGCUGCAGAAUCUUUGUGCUGGCAUCCACACACAAGGAUGAAUUAAAUGCACACACGCCUCCCAGGAAGGACCAUGGCUGGAUUCUACGGUUGCCUGAAAAGUAAAAACUUGGAAAAAUCUGUGAUGGUUUCCCUCGCAUCAAGUCACUGUUCAGUUCGCUGGAAAAAGAUGAUGCCAUGAUGAGAUAUACAAAGGCACCAAACCAUUAUGUCCUAAAUGGGGCACAUUUGCAAACAACCGAUGCACCCUUGCAAUUGACACUUGAUCUCCAUAUGCCCCAGAGAACUCAGCUAUAAAAUUGAGUUAAUGCUGGAGCUGAUAUGGCUGUGAAGAGACUGCCUCGGAGCUGAACUGCUUUGCAAUUAUAGUUCUACUUGUAUAAAAGAUAUACCAACUGGAAAUAAAUGCUUGCAGUUAUAAUAAACACAACAGUCAAAAUACCUCCAAAGGGUGGAAGGAUUCUGAGUGAGCAGCUGAGAUGAUCGAGUAAUUUAAAUAAAUGUAGAGCCAGUGAAAACAAAGCUGCAUCUGAAAACAGCAUUUUCUCUUUGAUUUUAUUGAAGUGACUAUAUCAUGGCUACGGGGCCAACAGAGGUCAUACAGUCACCUGAAACAGGAGAGACAGUUGAAGAGUGCACAGGAAAGAAAAAAUCCAAAUUUCAGACUUUCAAGAACUUCUUUGCGAAGAAGAAAAGGAAAGAGCCUCCACCUCCCAGGGGGGAGAGUAAUUUAAAACCUAGUCAGUCCAGCAGCGAUGUCAGCAUCUCUGUGCUCGACACUACUGCGCUUCAUUCACCGAAGGAGGCUGGCCCCAAAGGAAGCAUGGGAAACAAAGCCUUGUCCCAUGACAGUGUCUUCAUUUUUGAGUCUGCACCAGGAAGUGUGGCAGGUGACACGUUGUCUCAGGAAAACAUACCUGGAAGAGUGAAAACUUUGCAGCUUCAGUUGCAGCAGAACAUCAGACUUGGUUCACCUCCCCUUGUUAUAACUGGGAAGAAACUGGAAGAUGCAGGUGCUGUUUCUGAAGAUGAUGGUUUACCUAGGAGCCCUCCUGAAAUUUCAACCCUUCAUGAAGUUCUGACAGAUUCACCAAGCAAGUCUUCCAACCCUGUUCAGCGUCAUAGCUCUUUGAGUUUAGGUGGGACAGACAGUGAAGAUGAACAGAUACCUUCUGGAGCUUCCUCCAGGCCCAUCAGUCCUUCAUCCUCUGCCACUCCAGGGGCCCCGGGCUCACGAGGCAGCAGCUUUCUUCCCGUUGACUUCACCAUCCCUGCCAGUCCCCUUGGCUGCCUGGACACGUCAGCAGCCAGGCACAGGAUUGCCAUAAACCCCCGGAAACAAAAAGGCUUUACCAACAAGAAUCAGCAAACACCCCAGGUGGAACAGCUGGAAAAUGAAACAUGUCUUCCUGCAACUCCAGAAAAGAAGGGAAAUUCAACAGAAUUACUUGAGAGUGACCAGUAUAAAAGUGAUUGGGAAGGAUUAUCAGCCCAGGUGGGAUAUUGUGCAAAGGGAGGCAGUUCUAAGGAGACGCCAGGUGUAAAAAGUCCCACUGAUGCUGUCUGUGACUCUCGUGAUUCCACACUUGUGGCAGAAGACUCUUGUGCUUUGCUGCAAGAGGAUGCAUGCCUUUCAGACAGGGACCAUCACUAUAAAGCAGCUGCAUCCCUUCUGAGACCUGAGCCUUCUCCAGUGAACCUGGAGGAACACCACAGUGCAAAAGUGUCAUGCUGUUCAGAUGAAUCUGCUGAUGAAUUGAAAUUACAUCAGCAAAAUACCAAUACUGAAGUAUCUGCACUUCCAAAAUUGCAACAAAUUGAAGGAGAAGCUGUUGUGUUUCCAGACAUACUAGCAGCUGACUUGUUUAGCAAUGGUGUGGAAACAGAGGGCAUAAAUAUAUUGGCAGAUGUUGCACAAAGGUCCUCAGUAAAUUCUGUGGACCCAAACAUCAAAGACCAGGAAAAGGGGGAUCCACUGUUUAUUGGCAAAGUAGAAGCCUGCUUGGGUACUACUGAGAAUCUUUCCAACCACGCUGUCUCAGAUACUGCACCAAGCACUUCACAGAUUGUGGUAGCCUAUUCAGAGUCGUCUUCUGACAUCAAGACAGUGGCUGUUUUGAAGGCUGAAAACAGUUCAGUAACAAGAAAUGACAAGGAAACUUGUGCAAUAACGGAAUUUCAGUCAUCCAAAGGCAAUGCAGAAAAAAAAAUAGACACUGCUGCAUUGGUCUUGGAAGCAGGUUGCAUGCUACCUCCCAGUAAAUUGGAAGUAUGUCUUAAAGCAGAAACUGUUUGUGUUUCAAAGGGUAACCAACGCAGUCAACAGGUCAACACAUCAUACAAUUCUGAAAGACUUUCCAUUGGAUGUCUUGCCUCUUCAAGUUUGGCUGGCUUGAAGAGUAAUAUCUCUUCCGAUGAUGACAGUAAGGAGUACCAGAUAAGCAGUACAGCUUCUCACAGAAAAACAGUGGAUGAUGGCCAAUCUUCAGAUGUAAAUGUAAAAAGUCCACUGAAGACUGCUUCUGCUAAACCAGUCAGAUUUACCAUUGCACCAGCAUGGCAAAGAUCUCUCUCAGGGGGUUCAAAUUCAAAGGAAGAUUCCUAUACCAGAAGUUCCCCAACGUCCCCUAUAAGACCAGAAUUGUUUGAAGGAAUGACAAAAGAACACACACAUUUUGAUGCAGUCACCCAGGAAUCAGCAAAAACCAACUCAGAUAGAUUUGAUCGAGAUUGUAAGGACAGUGAUUUGCAUUUGAAUUCUUCUAUGGAGUGGGCUGACCAUGAAGCACAAAGUGUUGAAAACCCGUUUGGGGUCAGACUAAGGAGAACAUCUUCUUUACUAAAAUACCAGAAUGAAAGCCGUGCUGAGUCUCCAAAGCUGAUCCCCUCUGCUGUUCCCGCUGCUUCUUCUGCUUCAGUCAAGGAGGAUCAGAAAUCGGUGGGCACCGGGAAGCCACCUCCAGGCCUUCCUGUCAGCACAAAAUCAUUUGUUAAAAAAACAGAUCUCCUACAAGACAAAAAUUCUCCCAAGACAAGACCAGAAGAAGUGGCCAAGAAGCAAAAUGGUCAUAAACCUUCAGAAAAAGUCUCCUCUCCGCAUUUGGAAACUGCUUCCUCUGAACCAGCUUGGGUCUCCAUGGCAAAACUAAAACAAAAGGGUUUCCAGGACCACCCUCUUGCCAAAGAACAUAAAGCUGAAGACAAAGCUUUGACCAAAGUGGAUCAAGAGGAGCAAGGGAUCUGUGCUAGUGAGAACAUACUGAAGAAGAAUAUGCCUUCCAGCUUGAGCUCUCAGGACAAGAAAAUGCAAAUGAAGACCAGUGUGUCUGCUGCUGCAGGUAAAGUUGGACCUAUUGCUCAGGAAGCAUCUGUGAUUCCUGCUGUUGAAAAGGAAGCAAGACACUCCUCUAACCUGCCAAUGACACCAUGCAGCCCUGCUGAACCACCGUGGCUAUCCCUGGCCAAGAAGAAAGCCAAAGCAUGGAGUGAAAUGCCCCAGAUUGUACAAUAGCAAAUGACAUAAGCAUCUUUCUUUGUAUUGCCAAUAGCUGCGUUAACUCCAUUUAAUCCCUUCUUUACUGUGACAAUUUUUUUGAGAAAUAAGAGCCUUAAAACUUCUGAUCAGACUGUUGUAUGUAAAUACACAAUGAAGAAAUGCCAUCAUAGGCUUAAUUUCAAGUAUUAGGAAGCUGAGCAUUUCCUACUACCAAAUACUAGGAAAACUUGGUCAAUUUGUUAUAUCCUUACACAUCUGACAGUGAUGUUCUAAGAAGACAUGCUUCAGGCUUUUGAAACAUUUCCCUUGCAAAACAUGUUUUUAAAGAUUCCACAGACCAUACAGUAUUUUGUGCAAUGUGGCUUUGGCUAAGAAAUUAAUGUAUGCUAUAAAAUAGAUAUAAUGCUGGGCACUGACACAUCAUGACUCAUGGGCAUUGAUGUCAUCACACUUCUUUGUCUGAUGCCUACUGGGACGGGCAAUCUGACUUUGCUUCUGAUUGUUCAUGGAUCUGUUUUGUGAUAGCUAUAAGAUCUAAACAGCAUUGUGAGUUGGAGUAAUUCUUGCUUUUGGGUGGUUUGAAGUCACAGCGCUGUGGGUCUUGUGCUUUGCUCAUUGAUGCCCACUGGAAUGGCCCAGAGCCACAUACCUGUUCUCUCCCAUGCACUGGAAAACCACCACACUCUAGCCUAUACUCUGCUUUUGGUUACACCUUUGGAAAUCUGGAAUAAUUUGGGCAUUCUACCAAAACCAAAAUCCUUUAAUUAUGGCAAAUAGUGAUUUAUUUUUUGUGAGAUUCCUCAGCCAGUUGUCUCUCUUAAAGAGCGUGUUGGGGAUGGGAACUAUUUGCUACCUAGAAGGUGGCAUCUUGUUUUCAACAAAUGCCACUCUACUCUCCAUGUUCAUGUGGAUGUGUAUUUAGUCAGUUGUAUUUAAUAUUAGUGAUAAAAGGGGCAUCUGCUUUCCUCCUUGCCUCAUCAGUCUUUAGCCAGUAACUCAACAUCAGUCUAAGAAUGUGCAGCUGGGAAAGGAUUAUUCUCUCAGGACCUGGCCUUGCAGUCGCUUAAGUUGACAGAAGUUUUGCUAUUGACUUUGAAGGAAGCAGACAUUUGAAAAAGAAGCUUUGUAAAAUUAUGUUAGUGGCUUACAUGGCAGUGGCACUUACCGGUCCUUUUCAGUUUUUGCAGCAUUGCACAUUUAUGUAGUUUUUGUUUACAGUCAGUGCAAAAUUUGAAGGCUGACUUGGCUGAUGGAGUUCAGUUCCCAGUUUUUAGCUGGGAAGUUGGUAGGUAUUUUUAAGGAAAAUUUUAUCUAUUGAUAGGAUUAACUGCAAAACAAAAAAUUUGGUUUCAGAUCAGCUCAAGCAAGACUUUAAUCUUCCAGUCUUGGCCUGAAUUUAAUAUGUAGCUCUUGCAAUUUGAAAGCAGUAUUAAUUAGGAGCUAGACUGUGAUUUUUUUUUUCUAUAUAGGUGGAAACUUACUCACCCAAGUAGGCUCACUGAAGCUAUAGAUGCUGUUUAUUUUGUACUAACACCAGACAGAGUAAGAGUUUCACAUUGGCUUGGUAAUCCAUGCCUAUUUUACUACUUGUUUUUCUCUAUUUUAGGAAGCAUAUCUUCUCUUACAAAGAACUGAAACAUUUGUAUUUCUCUGAAACUUUUGAGUGUAAUGGAAAUGAACACACUCAGCUUUGAUUCCUGAAGUUUUAUACAGCUGCCAUCCCAUCACAAGCUUACUGACCCUGUGUAAAAUAUGUGCAUUUCUAUACUCAGCAAGCUCUCUUCUCUUUUUAUUAGUGUGGAUUGUGAUACUUCACCCAAAGUACUGCAAAUUAUACUAUAAUCUCUCUUUCCCAGUGUUUGCUUUUGAUCUUAAUAUUGUUUCUGUCUUUUAUGUUUGGUAUGUAUAUAUGUUUUUGUAAUCCUUGUCUUGAUGAAACCCCUUUUGUAUUCCAUUCCCGUAUUUGGUUUACAAUUAAAUGCUGUUGCCAGUGAUGAUGAUAUAAUUCCUGGGAAAAGGAGAGUGGUAGAUGGCCUUCAUUCAUUAAGGAAAAAAUAAAAAGAGGUCUUUGGUCAAUAUAGACUCUAUAUAUGGAUAUACUGCAUAGAUCUUGUUUUGAGAUGAUUUUGUGUGGCCUAGGACUGAUCACCACAGCUGGUCAGACUAAUGGACUUUUCUAAAUCUAGCUAUUUAAAAGUUGAAAACAUCACCAGAGAGCUGAUGGCUCUCCUUUUUGUUCUGGAGUUAUUGCUUCUUUCAGUACAGGGUUGGCUUGAAGGCUAGCACUUGUGGUCGCAGGAAGCCUUGUAAAUGCUCGUUUGAAUGUGUUUUGGUAUUGCUAGUCAGCUGCUGUAAGACAUUUUGGGGUUGCUUUAAAAAAGAACACGUGAGAAUCAUGUGGUGUUACAUUUGAAAUUUACUUGCCUUCUGGAUUUCUGAAAUCAAUGUUUUCAAGUUUCUCUCUGCAACCAAGAGAAAAAAAAGCAUGUAGAGAAAAAAUCAAAACUGAGCCUCAUGUAAUCACAAGACUUUAGAAGAUGGGGUUUUAAGAUAAACAUUGAAAUAUCAGUGAUUUAUUGAUGCAUUUGUAGAAGUUGGUAGCUCUGUUAGCAUGGCUUUGAUUUCCUGUCGUUCUAGUGUAGCUUUUAGGUGUUCGAUCAGUGCAAAUAACUAAUCUAAUAAGCUCAUUUUGGGUGAUUAUUUCUAGACAUAAUCACUGUCUUUGAAAAUAAGCUGUCUUGAAGUGCAGAGUUCAUGGCAGAAUGUCACUGUGAGGUUUUAUGGCUCAGGAUCUUUAGUGGAGGAUGUACAAAGGUGUCCCUGAAAUUCCCUGUGCACAAUACAGUGACUGGGGUUUCAGCUGGCCUUGGUGCUGCUGUGUGACAGCAGAGGGUGCUAGUGCCAUCCCCCAGGAGCGCAGAAGGGUUCUCGGUGUUACAGAAAGCAGAUUUCAGUAUGCAUUUAUAUGUGCGCUAUUACAGCAAGGAGACCGGAGGCUUUCAUUAAUGCAGAGAAUUAUGCAUUAUUCCAUUAAUGCAGAGAGGUCUCUCUGAAAGAGAGGUCUAUUUCUAUUUGUGAUUUGAUGGAGGUUUUGGAGCUAUAAAGUGUGGGGAAAAAACCUUUACCUUGUUGUUACAAGAAGCCCCUGAGAAUUGGUGACGAUGAUGGGGAAAGGUAGAUUACAUGGUGAGUUCAGUCCUGCAGUGAGGCCAUGCAGGAAGAUAUGUGAACGUGUCCCAAAAGAUCAUUGCAGUUUGGCGUUUUAAUGCUGCUGCUUAGAACAGCAGCUGCCUGGCUGGAGGUUGAUCUUCAUCCCAGCCAGGUGUAGAAUUUGAUGGUUUUAUGGAGGAGGUUAGAGAGACAAACAGCAAUUUGGCAAGCACCUAGCUGUAGAUUAUGGAGAUUCCUUUUGCUGUAACAGUGAGCUGUAAAGACUUGGGCCAAAAGAGAAUCUGUUAUGUUAUCAUCCAGCUGGUAAUUAAGUGGGUUUGUGGACAAGAGGGAAUGAGUCAGUUUAAAUGAGGGAAAAAGACUCCAAAAUUUCCAAAGCUACACAAUUCUGCUCUAGCACAACACUGACAACACUUUUAUUAUGAGAAUCUUGUAUACACAUCUCCUUAAAGAGAGCCAAAGAACAAAUUCUAAAAUUCAGAUAUAACUGAGGAACCAGUACUCAUUUCAAUUACCAUACUUAGAAGGAAAGUCUUAGAAUAAUGAGGAAAGACUAACCCUAUUGAAAACACUAAACAGUAGCCCUUUUCAUGUUAGAAAGUUUGGAUAGAGAGGGGCCCCCUAACUAGGAUUACAUUAUGUCUUUUUCAGUGCUGUAGUCUAAAAUAUUAAAUGCAGUUUGUUCUGAAGUAUUGCAGUAGAAGUUCUCAGCUUAGAAAAGCUGUAAUUCCUGAGUUCGUGCCACCUGCUCUGUUAAGUGCUUUUGAGAUCAAUACAGGAAAGAUAUUAGCCUGUGAAGACACUUUGUCCUUUAGAGCUGCUACUGGAAGGUGAUAGAUCUGAAGGAUACUGGUAAUGAGAGAUUAGCAGCCUAAUAAAUAAGGCAAACAUCUCUCUCUGUCUUUUCCUCUAGUGUGUGUUAGCCUACCUGUGUUUUUGUUAGAGAUUUAUCCUGGUUAUAAGAUUUGACAAACUUGUCUCAUCAACCGUCACCAAAAUGUUAGUAAUAAUGAUGUGGAACCUCUCAUAUUUGGGGAAUCUGAGCACCUGUUUAGGAUUCUGACCUUGAUUUCUCGCUUGCUGUAGUUGUUGCGUUCUGUGUCUUCUAUGUUGUCAGGAAGUAUUGCACCCAAAGCAUCAAUAUUUGUUACAGGCUAUUGUUGUUACGGUCUGGGUUCGUUCUUGGUGCAGAGGUUGAGUGAAAACUCUGGUUUUCAUUGAAAAUGUUUUUUAAUGUCUUUUAUGGAAGUAGGCAGGUGAAAUAAACUGUGAAUUCUGAACUUGGAACACAAACCCAUGGGUCUUCCCAGAACAAAAAGGUUGCUCAGGUAUUUCCAGCUGGAUGGAUGAAGGGGCAUGGCUGGAUAAAGGUGAAUGACUAGGGAAGAUUGAGAGUUCAAGCUGAGAAACAAAAGGCUUAGAGUGGGAAGCUACAAUUCAAAUUACUUUUCCAUAGUGGGUUGUGUCUAAGCCCAAGGAAGGGUAUUGGAAGGGGCCUUUAAGUAGUGAAGCUCUUCAUGCGUCUCUUCUCUCUGCACAUGGGGAAGCAGAACUUCAUAUGUUCUUGUAAAUGAAUGGACAUACAUCAAAGAUGUUCACUGCCAUCCACAGCUUUUUUUUUUUUUCUCCUUUCAUUCGAUGCAGUCCGUGCAUUUCCACUUUAUGUGGUCCAGGAGAGGUAACGCUUUGUUACCUGACCUCAUUCCUUAUUCUGAACCACAUUAAGCAGUGCAGUGAAGUAUACCAUUAUUGGUUUGGAAGAAAUUGAUUUAUGGAAAAUGAUUCCUCUACCACAUGAAAAAUAGUUCUGAGGAUAUGUCCCACUUUGCUCUUACCUGAUACCUUGUUAAACUUGCCCAAGGAUGUUUCCUGGGACAUAAAAGGGAUGUAAAUUUGCCUCCUAGCACGGGCUUUCUGUAGAAGCUUGUCCAGCAGCUUUUCUGCUCUUGUGAGACAAGACUUUGUGAGACAUGCAGGUCCAUGCAGGACUUUUGGGUGUUUAACUUUGACCAAUAUGAAAUGAAGGUUUCGCAUUCACUGCCUUUGCUCAACUAUCACUGAUGCAACCUGCCUCCACAGAACAAGCCCGACGUAAACUUUUCUUAAAGGAUUGAGGAAAAAAGUUGGUCUCUGGCAAUGAAAUGCUGUUUUUAUUUUAGGCAUCUCAAUGUAUGAGUGGGGAAAGUAAUCUGAUUAGCACAUUUGCUAGAGAAAUGAACCAAUGGGAAGGUGAAAAUAUUAAUAAAAGACAGAGUUGAUUUAUACUCAAACUGGCCUUUAAAUUUGCAGUAUAUGCUGUAAGGACAUGCUUAUAUAACCUCUAUUUCUAUUCAUAAAGGUUUAUGUGGGUCUAUAUUGAAUUAUGCAUUUAAAAUUAAUCCACUGAGGCAGCCCACUGAGAUGCCACUUCUCAUUUAGUAACUGCAUUAAGGACUUUGUGCUUCAUUUAGAAACUGUGAGAAGCUUGCUUUGUGCUGUGGAGAGGAACUGGCCUGCCAGAUUCAGACGGGCUAUUAUAGGGGGUUUAAAACAACCAUCUCUCUGUCUUUCUCUGAGUUACCAGUAAAACUCUAUUCUUGACUCGUGUGACCCGACUCAUGCAGCUUGGCUGAACCUGACAAACCCAACUGACUUGUGUCAGAUUCUUAGAAGAGAUUAAUGAAGAUUUUCUUCAGGGGUUGGGAACAGCUGAUUCUGCCUUUGCAAGGCUGUGGGGACCCAGAAUGAACAGACGCACACAUUAGGUUUUUAUACCAGCAGCUGUAAUUCAAGUUUAUUAAGUGCCUUGUUUGUGUAGUUUUCCGGUUCCUCAGGCAUUGCAAAAGGGUCAAGAGCUCUUCUAGAUGUUUACAUGGAUUUUGUUCUAAGAAAUCUUAGGCUCUUAUCUCUUCUUAUCUGCAUUCUCCAAAUUGCAAUUCUGCUUUUAAAAUGGCUGCAAAAUGGUAUUGUGAGGCUCUGUGUCAUGUCUGAAUUAAACUUCUUUAGCUUAAAAAUAAAAGCAUACCAGUUCUGCAUAUUCACAUUGUGAUGUAAAAUACAAAUUGAGAUAUCUGCAUGGCCUAUCUCAUUCAUCAUGAAAAAUCACUUGUUUUGGGAAUGACUGCCUUCAUUGACUCUGGGCAAACCUGUUGUCUUCCUAUUCUGCUUUUGGUUGUUACUGUUUUUAUUAUUAAGUUAGUGCUUUGUGGCCUUAGUAUAAAAAAACCUAUUAAACGUGUAGCAAGCCUU